GGAUGCCGCCCGCGAGCCCCGCGCCCCUCCUGCAGCGCCCCGCGCUCCUCGCCUCCCGCCAGGCGGGGUGCGGCGAGAGCGACAACUCGCCGUGCUGGCACCACUGCUGCGACCCGGCGGCGGGCCUCGCUCCUCUCGACGCGCGCCAGGCGGCCGACGAGGCAGACAGCCUGCCGCCGCAGCCGCACGGGCCCCCGGUCAUAUCGUCCGCUCCGAGGCCGCCAGCAGCGCCCGCCGCGGGUGGCGAAGGCUGGAAUGUCGACAAGGGCGGUCAGGAGGGGUGCGAUUGCAGCUGCAUCAAGGAUGGAAGCAAGAUCGCCGACCCAGACUGCAGCGGCGACGUCCCCAGCGUGGGCUGCCAGAUGCACUGCGCGAGGGAGGCCAAGGUCCCCGCGGUGCUGGCCGGGGGAGGCCGCCCCCUGGAGCCGCGGGCCUGGUUCCAGCCCUGGCCCGAGGAGGAGGGCAUCCCGAUGCCGCCCAACUUCGCUGGGGCCUUCUUCAACCACACGCUGUGGGGCGGCGACGCUGCGUGGCGGGGCGGCGGCGCCAGCGCCAACGCCGGCGCCAGCGGCGGCGCCAGCGGCGGCGCCAGCGGCGGCGCCAGCGGCGGCGCCAGCGGCGGCUCCGGCGGCGGCGCCGGCGGCGGGCCGCCGGGCGGCUCGGGCAGCGGCGGCGGCCCGCACGCGGCGUGGGGC